AUGACAGAGAUGAGCGAUAUUGCAUCGGCGAGCAUUCUACAGCUCGAGAGUCUCGCUGAAGGACAUGAGCUACCAACAACACACUUUAAGAACGAGAUGGCUCUUCUGCGGGGAGCUCUCUCGUACGCUGCGACGAACCUACCAGGUGGUGUGUUGCUCCCGGAAGAAGACCCUGUGGAUGGCUUGGAAUUUGCGUCUGAGCGACCGUUGGAUUUCGACGCCGAGCAAUAUUCCGAGACUAAGCAGAACAAUGUGAUCGCCGAGCUCGAGGGCCAAUUGGCAAAUGCUGUACACGAGGCGCAUAUGGACGAUGCAAAGCGUCUUCUUGAACAGAUUCGGAAGCAUGCCACAGACAGUCUGAACCAGUCGCUCGCGAGCAACAUGGAACAGGGGCAUGUCAAACAUGAUGCAUCGCGGGAUGUGUCCGGUGCUGUUGAGGGCAAGGGGAAUGGCGGAGGCGGAGGCGACGGCGACGGCGACGGCGAUGGCGACGGUAAGAGCACGGGUGCAGGCGCGGGCGCCUCUGCUUCUACGACCGAGCAGGACACACGCGAAGCGUUGGAAGCGCCGAUUCGCUCCAGUGUAUCGCAUCAGCUUUGGCGUGCGCUGUUGACGUCGUCGAAGGACGCGGUCUGUGCCGCCAUCGCUGCUGAUUUACCCGACUAUUCUUUUGUCGACGACAUCAAUGCCCGGACGGCACUUCACUUUAGCACAUGUGCUGGGCAGCUUGAGCUGUGCAAAGCGUGUGUUGAACAUGGCGUGGACCCGCGUGCGAGCGACGUGUACGGCCGUGAAGCGCUCGCGUACGCGGCCAUCUUUGGCUUCGAAGACAUAGCCAAGUACCUGCUGUCGCUGCCCGAGUCACGCGACACGCACGACCAUGUCGUGGAGCAUGUGGACUUGGAUGGUUUUUCGCCACUGCUGCAUGCUAUUGUUCGUGGGCGCACGGGCAUCGUGCGCAUCCUGCUCGACUUUUGCGCGCUGACGGGCAGAGCUAUGCAGGGCAAGAUGGAGAAUAGUGACCUGUCGCCCUUGGCUACUGCCGCACAGUGUGGUCUCGUGGACAUUACGCGCCUUCUGCUCGAGCAUGGUGCGAAGGUGGAGGUGAACACGGAGGGAUUGCUUCCACAGACACUUGCUGCGCGUGCAGGCCACACAGAGUGCUUGCGUUUGCUGCUUGAUGCCAAGGUGGAUGUGAAUGCUGUUGAAAAGGGCACCUUGUGCACACCACUGUUCUACGCAGCGGAGUUUGGACAUGCGGCGUGUGUCGAGAUGCUACUCGCGGCCGGUGCCUCCAUUGACCAUGUGGACGAGAAGGGACGCCACGCGGUGUUUUAUGCGGCAUGGCACGGCUGGCGUGAAUGCACUCGUAUGCUGCUGGCUGCCCACGCCACAGCCGCAGCCAAAGGAGCGGCGCAACAACAACGUGCUGACGCUGGUGUACAGCCUAUGGCGCCUGCCUCAACUAUCCGGAUCUCGGAAUCGCAUGCAGACAUGGACACCGACUUGGACGCUGAAGGCGAUGGUAUUCCAUCCCUGCACUUACCGCCGCCGAUCAUUCCUUUCCGCACAUACGGACACAAUUACCUCGACAAGCACUCGCUCCUGUGUCUUAGUCUCUCGAAGCAUUCGAUCGAGCUGCAUCGGCAGUCUGUAAGCGACCGACCAGACAUGUUCCCGGGUCUAGCGACGUCAUUUAAGCUCGUACUCACGCCGCGCAAUACGAACGCGGGUGCACAGGCUGGCAUUCCUCACACAAUCAUCUUCCCAAUGGCCGAGGAGCGCGAAGAGGCAUCGUUCCAAGUCGCGGACCUCGAGCACUUUUAUCUGGAAUGUGAGAUCUUCCCGACAUUCGGCUCAGCACGCAUCGCCAAAACGGUGCUGCUGCCAGAGCUGCUGAAUGGUCUUGAGAGCCGCUCUCACGUCCAACUGCCACUCUUCGAUUGGCACUUGAACCUCAUUGGCCAUAUUCACGUGGUGCUCGAGUGUGUGCGGCCGUACAGCAGCGUGCAGCUCCAGAUCGGCGGGCAUGUCGAGACAUACUGGAAGAGCACCCUCCCGAGCCACAACCAGCCGCUCACCGUGUCGCCGCUGCCGUAUCCCAACGGGACGCACGAUGCUCAGGAUACCGCCUUGUAUGUCACGGCAUCGUCGCUGUCGGGCGAGUACUUGAACGUGAACGUGCACUUUACCAAGGACCUGGUGCCUGUCGUGUGUGCGAGCCGACGCCUGCCUGUUCCAGUCUGGGCUCCUUUCGUGUCACAGGUGACCGCGACGGAAUUUGCCGACAUUGCCGAAAAGACGGGACACACAUGGCACACGAACGAGUCCGAAUCGCUGGCGAUGAACGAAUGGAGCGCCAAGUUGAGCACGACCCUCGUCUCCCUCGAGACCCUUCUUGUGACUCUGCCCCCGAGCGUAAAUGUAGCUCUGCAGAUCGUAUUCGACGCAGACGCGACAGUCGUGCCGCUCAACGCUUGCAUCGAUGCCACUCUGCACGUGGUGUAUGACGUCGCCCGUCGCGAGAAGCAUCGGCGCCGACUCUUUUUCAGCAGCACCAUGCCAAGUGCAUGUGUGGCACUGAACUGGAAGCAGCCAAACUAUGCUGUCUUCUUUAUUAACAACGCUACGCUCGAUGCGGAUGCAGCCGUCUUGUCGCUCCCUGAAGAAGCGGAUCCUCGACAGUCCAGCAUGGCCGAGGCCGUCCGAUUCGCUAAAGGCAAUAACCUGCUUGGUGUUAUGCUCGAUACCUCGAUCCUCGAGUGUGUACCGGAGCUUAUUACCGCCGUGAAAGCCGCCGGUCUUGUGCUGAUUACGCUACGACGCCCCUCGUCCAAUGCGUCGGCCACGGAUGCCACGUCUUUCAGCGAGCCCGGCUUCCUAGGCCCACCUGCGCUUGCGUGCCAUGAUGCCAUUGAUGGCUUCCUUGAAGGCAAUGUCAUCAAAUGCACAAAGUGA